AUGAGCGACGUCAAAGACAUCAGCCCCGACCUGGACAGGCUGGACCGGCAGCUUGACAACCUCGAAGAUGCGCUCGCGCCGUUGCUCAACAACCUCAAUGAGAAGGCGUCUCAAUUACCGCUCCUCGACAAGGCCAAGCUAUUUUCCCUGACAGCCUAUUCAAUCGAAUCCCUUCUCUUCUCCUAUCUGAGACUCCAGGGCGUAGACGCCCAGAACCACCCCGUAUACGCUGAACUGAAGCGUGUGCAGCAGUAUUUCGGCAAGAUCAAAGCCGCCGAGGAGCCGGAGACGCAGAGAAGCCUGGUGGUGAACCAGGAAGCCGCGGCUCGGAUCUUGAAGGCCGAUUUGGCCGACAACAAGUCUAUCAGCAGCAAGCUGGCUGAAAAGAUUGCUGAAGAGCGUGCCAAGGCGCUGCUCAAGUCGGUGGAGAGCAGGAAACGACCUGCUGAUGAAUCGGCUGCAUCUGGGGGAUCGGGAAGUGAUGCGCAGGUGAACAAGAAGAGGAAGCAGAAGGGAAGGGGGAAGGGGAAGCAGAAAUGA